UAGUGUUUUUAGGUUUCGUUCUUUGUUGGUCAGAACAACGUCACGAUCUCUCCAAAGAUCUCUCUCUCUCUCUCUCUCUCUCUCUCUCGUGCUGCCAUUGUCACUCUGGUCUCAAGAAUAGAAUCAUCUGUCUCUGUGGCUUCUGAGUAGACAAAAAAGAAAAGAAAAAGAGGGCAAUAAUAUCAUCUCUCUCUUGUUGAUUCUGCUUCAUGCCCAUUCUUCUGUGUUAAAGAGAACGUAAGUACUGUCUCUGAUCUAACGGCAAACAUAAAGAAAACGAGGCGGAAACAAUGUUGGCGUCGAUGAGGCAAGGGGAGGAAGCGAUAGUGCCGAGUGUGGACGACACAGAGAGUGAUCAGAUCAACACUAACCAUGUCGGAAAAGACGAAGAGAUCUCUUCCUCCGGCGGUUUCAGCUUCAGGACUUUCCUCUGGCACGGUGGCUCCGUCUGGGACGCCUGGUUUAGCUGCGCCUCUAACCAGGUCGCGCAAGUGCUGUUGACAUUGCCGUACUCGUUCAGUCAACUUGGGAUGUUGUCGGGAAUAGUUCUCCAGAUCUUCUAUGGAUUGCUCGGAAGCUGGACUGCGUAUCUCAUCAGUGUUCUCUACGUCGAGUACCGAAGUCGUAAGGAGAAAGAGGGCAAAAGCUUCAAGAACCACGUCAUUCAGUGGUUCGAAGUGUUAGAUGGAUUAUUGGGUCCAUAUUGGAAAGCAGUGGGACUUGCCUUCAAUUGUACUUUCCUCUUGUUCGGAUCUGUCAUACAACUCAUAGCUUGUGCAAGUAACAUAUACUACAUAAACGACAGUUUGGACAAGCGUACAUGGACGUACAUAUUCGGCGCGUGUUGUGCAACCACCGUAUUUAUACCGUCGUUCCACAACUACCGUAUUUGGUCGUUCCUCGGCCUCGGCAUGACCACUUACACUGCUUGGUACCUCGCCAUCGCCGCCCUCAUCCACGGCCAGGGUGAAGGGGUCACACACUCUGGUCCAACAAAGCUAGUGCUUUAUUUUACCGGAGCCACCAACAUCUUGUACACGUUUGGCGGACACGCAGUUACAGUAGAGAUAAUGCAUGCGAUGUGGAAACCCCAGAAGUUCAAGUACAUAUACUUGCUCGCAACGCUUUACGUAUUUACACUAACGAUUCCGUCAGCUGCCGCCGUUUACUGGGCGUUUGGCGACGAGCUUCUCGACCACUCCAACGCCUUCUCCCUCCUUCCUCGCACUGGAUGGCGUGACGCCGCCGUUAUCCUCAUGCUCAUCCACCAGUUCAUAACGUUCGGGUUCGCGUGCACGCCGCUGUACUUUGUGUGGGAGAAGGUGAUAGGAAUGCACGACACGAAGAGCAUGUGCUUGAGGGCAGUGGCUCGUCUGCCGGUGGUGAUUCCGAUAUGGUUCUUAGCCAUUGUCUUCCCUUUCUUCGGUCCCAUCAACUCUGCCGUUGGGGCCCUUCUCGUUAGCUUCACGGUCUAUAUCAUCCCUGCCCUCGCCCACAUUCUCACCUUCCGCUCUGCCUCCGCUCGUCGGAAUGCGGCGGAGAAGCCGCCGAGGUUCAUGCCGAGUUGGACAGCGAUGUACGUAAUGAAUGGGAUAAUAGUGGUGUGGGUGCUGGUCGUGGGAUUUGGGUUCGGAGGAUGGGCAAGCGUCACUAACUUCGUCAGGCAAAUCGACACUUUCGGCCUCUUUGCAAAGUGUUACCAAUGCAAACCACCGGCUCCUCCUCCCGGCUCGGCCGUACACCACCACGCCCAUUGACAGUUUUGACGAAGCAUGCCGAAAUGCCCUAAUUAUGUUUACGUGAAGGGAUGAUGAUUGCGUACUCGUCCCUUUGUAUGGGAUGAUGAUUGCGUGCUAAGGUCUUCAUUCUUUUUUCUUUUUUAGGGUUUUGUAAUCUCUCUCUUAGCUGAUUAAGAUAGUUGAUAAUAUGGUGAGUUGAUGAUGGCUUGUGAUGCUUUCUUUGGUAAUGAAAAAAAAUACAGGCUAAAAUCCAUUAUCAUUUUAUCCGUUC